AUUGAAUAAUUAAGCAAGAAGUUAAUUAUACCGUGAAUUUGGAUUCAUAAAUUGUAUGUGGAUUGUGAUACUACCCGGAUGCCUUGACUAAAGUAGGAGGUUAUCUUAGGAGACCACUCACAAACCCUUUGACUUGAAGUCUGAAUCAUAAAGCAGCGAAUAAACAUGAAGUACUGCAUUUCAGUGGUUGCAUUAACUUAAUUCUUCUGUUCAAGUAUGGAAUUAGUCAGUCAGUCAAUUAAUAUCAACAUGGUUUCUCAUGUUGUAAGACGUAACGACCCAAAUUACUUCACCUCAUAACAACAGAUACAGAUAGAAGGUACUAAGGUACUAGAAAGAGAGGAAUGAGGAAAAAAGUGACCGAAAGUAGUAGAAAGUCAUAAGAAGAGGACAAAACAAUGAAGAAAUUCAACAUUACGAUUAGAUGGAGAUAAGAUAAUGUGUCAUUGAAACCGACUCUGAGUCAUACUACACCCCGAUUUACAAUCACUGAUUUCGGUUGUCACGAGGACCCUAAUCAUUUUGAUCCCACUAACAGACGUGUUAAUGAUGUAGAAUGUGCUUUACUUUGAACCAGUUCAAAUUACCACAACCUUAGAUUGGCAUACAGAAUUGAAUUUCAAGAAGACGAGGAAAGUGAAAAGAAAGUAAUAAUGAUGUUAGUAUUUGCACAAAGGAACAAGACAAAAAUGACAAAGAGUGAAGGACAUAAGUAUACACAGAAUAUUAUGAUUCAGAUGAAAAUACAACAAAACUUAUCUGCUUCAGGCUUUUUAAUCAUACACGCAAAUAUAGUUUUCUUCCAUAUCAUUAGAUUCUAUUAUACUUGCAACAGGCACUUUCCUGAGUAAACAAACUAUUAAUGUAUUCCGUCAUUCCAAAACUACUUGAAGAUUUUAAAGUACAUUUCAGUGGUGUUUAUUUUAUCUACGCGUAGUAGUAAUUGUUUGAACCACAUAAUUUUCAUUCACUGAAUAGUAACGUUGACGUUACAUCUCGUAGGUAAAAUCCACUUACAAUAAGUCAUGAAAUUUGACCCUUCCAACCUCGUACAACAAAACACAAAGUCUAGCGCUUAUCAUUCAUCAGAUAAGCAAACAAAAUUAACGUAGAACCUCGCACACAAAUGCAUCAAUUCAAGUUCUUAGACAAAGAACAAGUGGAUAGAGUAAGACUGAUAUCAAACUAUACAAAGGUGUCUCAUCAAUUCAUUUCAUCAAGAGUCCUCAACUGUUGGCCCCCAUGGUUUCAGGGACCCGAUUCAGAUAAUCUACACCUACUUACACAGUUGAGAUCAACGGUCAGAGACUUCAUGGACUGGUUCCACGUCUUCGUCCGGCCACCCUGAGCCUUCGUUCAGUCUAACCUAACUCCGGAUAACAUUGUACAUCCAGGUAGGGGGUGACUCAGCAUCCGCAACACAUGUCCAAACCUUCUCAGUCGAUUAAGGUUUGCAACCUCAUUGAUUGACUUACCUUUAUUUCCUAAAACCUUUCACUUGACCUCAAAAUUGCUGAUAUGGGGAUUCCUCGAUAAGCGAGCAAUGCUACGAAGACACCUGUGAUCAAAACUUGCAACCACUUCACAUCUACGUUUAGUGGCCAUGUCUCACAGCCAUAUAGCAGGACAGGACGGCAGGCAGCGUAGUAUAUUGACCUUUAACAGGUAGUUGGAUGUCUCACCAGUGGGCACAACAAAUGAAGCAAGUUGGCAAAUACCAGACUGGAUUCCUGUAUCCGUUAAUAAAAUAGUUGUGUUCUCUGUUCAUAACACCGAAAUAUGAAAAAUUAUCUAGCAAAAGAGUUAUGGUAUUGCUCUACAAUUAAAGUCGUACAUUCUUAACAGGUCCCUAGCUAGAAUAACACUUUACAUAUUGUGACCUAGGUACAGUUUUUCGACCAUAUGUGUCUUCGUAGCAUUGCUUACGUGUGGUGGAACCACCGUAUGAGGAAUUUUGAGGUCAAGCGAAGGGUAGUAGGCAAGACAGGCAAUUCGAUUGGUAAGGUUGUGAAGGUUAUUCGACUGAGAUGGGUUGGACACGUAGUGCUCAUGCCGAGCCACCGCCUAUCUUGAUGUGCCCUGUUAUGGUGAAGCUGGAUUAGGGUUGAAGAGGGUUUGAAGUAGUCAGAACAAAACAUAGCAGCAGUCCACGAAGUCCCUGACUGUUGGGUUGAGGCGUGUACGGAGAUGUAGACUACCUGAUUGGGGUCCCCGAUGUAUUCACUACUUGACAUCUUGAGAAGCUUGAAUAUUCACACUAACCAUUAUCUUCAGAUUGUUUAUUGUCUCAGACAACUUUAUCUUCUACCUUGAUAUCACUCCUUUUCUAUCCACCUAUUCUUUGUGUCAUUUUGUAAAGUAUGGCAACUUGAACCGAUUUACCUGUGUGUAAGUUUCUACGUUGAUUUUGUCAGUCAGUCAGUCACGAAACCGCUGCAUAGAAUAAAGUGAGCAGUCAAACUUAAUUUACUUUCUAAUAUUUUAUUAUUUUUUUUAGACAAUAACCAACGUGAUUUAUAACUUACGCCUAAAAUAAUUAGAUAGUUGUGCAAGAAAAACUUCUUUUUCGCUUCGACUAUCAUCAUCAUCAUCGUCAUCAUCAUAUUUUGAAUAUUGUUACUCAUUAUUAGAAAGGCAUCAUAAAUAUAACCUUAUUGAUGUAUAUCAAUUUCCUCUUUUAACUUUUACUUAUGAAUGAAUAUAUGCUACAGUCUGAGAAUUAGCUUUCUAUAUUAUUGUAAGAGAGGAAUUUUAAAUCUUGAAGUAAUAAUAAUAUUAUACAAUGAUUUGGUCUUGGGAAUAUAUUACAAAGUUACUUGUUCCAUGUGAAAUUUUAAUUAUUACUAAACUAUUAUUCUGUUUUAUUACAUUUCCAAAUAAUCUUUCUUUAUAUACUAUUUUAUCUAUUAUUAUUAAGACUAUCUUCUCAUCACCGAUUACAGUGUUUUCACUUUUCUUAUUCAUCAAUUGGUUCACAUAUUAUGCUUAUUUAGUAUAUUUUAUUAUUAUAUCUAGUUCUUCUAUAUACUCAGAUGUCUAUAAAUUAAUUCAUUUUGGUAUAACUUAUCAAGUACCAUUCACUUUGGAUAACAUUGAAUUAUUUAUCUAUACAUAUACAAGUACAUUAUACUUUUUAGAAUUAUUAAAUAUAGACGAAUGUAUUUAUGAUAUUAAUUGUUGUUUAUUAUUGUUUAUUUCUUUUCGAUUGUAUUCUUAUUUAAAUUGUUGGCAAAUUUUACGUCUAUCUAAUAAAUUCUAUACAAAUUUAUUAGAUACACAUUUAUUCUCAUUUUUAACAUUCUAUAGUAUAUAUCUUCUAUGGCUUUUCACUGUAUCCUUUUAUAUAGGUUCACAGAUUUUUAUAAAAAUUUCCACCUUCCUCCCUAAUACUAUUCUAUGUACUAGUAUAUUUCUCUUAAUAAUUCAUAUUAAUUUAAUACUAACAAGUAUAAAAUUUCUUAUUUUACCUAUUAAAAAUUAUUAUUUAUACAAAAAAAUUUCAACUUUAUCUUUAUUAAUGAAGAUUAUUAGUUUCAUUACUAUUCUUUUAUAUUCUUCAUGGAAAUUUUAUCUAAGUGAAACAUCACUUACAUUUUUAGGAUAUGCUGAAAUCCCUAGUCAUGUUAUCUUUUUAACUGUUAUCUUCUGUUUAUUGUAUACACAUGAAAAAUUACUACCAUUAUUAAACAUAGAAUUAUUUCCUAUACAUACAACUACUUUCUUAUCAUCAGAAUAUUGUAGUUUAUGUAUUCUACCAUUGUAUAGACCAAUUAUUUUAUCAUCAAGUCUCACUUAUAAUUCUACAAGUGAAUGUCAACAUUUAUUACAUGUUUCAUGUGCAACAAUUGCUAAAUUGAUUUCUUUCCCGUGUUUACGGUGUUCUGAAGAAUCUUUUAUAUUUAUACAAGAAACGAAUAAUAUUUCAGUGGAUUUUGAUGAAUCACAAUAUAAUUGUGUAGAUACUAGUGAAUAUGAGUCUUCAAGUUUACUUGAAGACUCAUCAUCUAACUCUUCUGUCUAUGAUGAUAAAGAUAUUGAUCUUAAUGUUUAUCUAAAUUUGGAUCAUUUUAAAAAUGGUAAAAUUGGUCGAACAAUACGGCGAUUAGAUGGAUCAGAUACAUCUUCAUCUUCUAUUUAUGAUCAAUCAUCAAUUGACAGUAAACAUUAUGAUUAUGAUUAUUUCAAUUAUGAAUCAGAAAUAAGUAAUCUUUGAUAAGUAUAGUCAAGUGAUCUGUUUUUAUUGGCUUUCAACAUUGAUAUUAUAGUCUUAUGCUUUAAUGAAAUAAUACUACCAUUAUUAUGAUUAUUAAUUGCAUUUAUGAACUUUGAGUUGUUUAUAUCAUUACUAUUUCGCAGCCAACUCCUGUUAUACGCAUCAACUUG